UAGCCACACUAGGCCGUUGGAGUGGAGCCGAAGAUAGUGUUGGAUUUGGGCUUUUCUAUGUGACACUGAAUAUACAUAACGUGCAAAACGCUCGCACUCUUUCUGAUUAUUAUAAAAAAAAGGAAAAUACUCUUGCUAGUAAUUUCUUCUUCUUCUUCGGGCAUACUCAGGCCCACUUUGUCUGAUUCAUCGGCCACCCCACAAUCUUCUUCUGCGCAUUUAUUGUUAAAUAGAAGACAAACACCCACUGUCUCAAAUCUCGUUCUACACGGUUUCUAUCAUCAGCUGGAGCUGGUUGUGUGUGGGUAAAAGGUUGUUGCUUUGUUGAUCGGUGAAGUAAGUCUAGGGAUCUCUCGAUUCAACGAGUUUGUCUUCAGAUUCAACUUGACACCCAGUUGAUCUUGAGGUGGGCAACGUCAAUCUUGGUCGAGAUUUCGAUUUUGUUUUUGCCGUUCUGGAUGUCUGAAUUGAAGCAUUCAUUGGAAAUGUUGGUCCCUUUGUGAAAUCGUAAAUAUUGUUCAGAUGGGUUCUCCUGCAUUUAGAAAAUUACAAGGGAUUUCAGCUUAAGUGCUUGUUUGGGGUAGGACAUGUUUUUGCAUAAGAAGGUGGUCUAGGGGCCGGGAAUUUAUACAUUUGGGGUGGUAAUACUGUGAAAGCACGAGCACAGCCAAGAUGAUCAACAAACCGCUUGUAUUGACUUAUCUGUAUCUAUUCAUCUACAUUCUGCUUUCAUCUGGUGUUAUAUUGUAUAACAAGUGGGUUCUUUCUCCAAAAUACUUCAAUUUUCCACUUCCUAUAAGUCUUACCAUGAUUCAUAUGGGAUUUUCUGGAGUUGUUGCAUUUUUCCUUGUUCGUGUUUUCAAGGUUGUAUCUCCAGUCAAAAUGACAUUCGAAAUAUAUGCAACUUGUGUCAUACCAAUAAGUGCUUUCUUUGCGUCGAGUCUUUGGUUUGGUAAUACUGCUUACUUGCACAUUUCUGUAGCCUUUAUCCAGAUGCUCAAAGCUCUUAUGCCAGUGGCUACAUUUAUAAUGGCUAUAAUGUGCGGCACUGACAAACCAAGGUGCGAUGUGUUCUGGAACAUGGUGCUGGUCAGUGUUGGAGUUGUCAUUUCCUCAUACGGGGAGAUUCAUUUUAAUGUAGUUGGUACAGUUUACCAGGUUACGGGCAUCUUUGCAGAAGCUCUUAGGCUGGUCUUAACACAAGUCCUUCUGCAGAAAAAGGGCUUGACUCUAAAUCCUAUUACCAGCUUAUAUUAUAUUGCUCCAUGCAGUUUUGUGUUUCUGUUUGUACCUUGGUUUCUAUUGGAGAAGCCUGCAAUGGAAGUUUCACAGAUUCAGUUCAACUUCUGGAUCUUUUUGACCAAUGCUCUUUGUGCUUUGGCCUUGAACUUCUCCAUCUUCUUAGUAAUUGGUAGAACUGGAGCAGUUACCAUCCGGGUUGCAGGUGUUUUAAAAGAUUGGAUACUCAUAGCCCUUUCAACUGUUAUUUUUCCGGAGUCUACCAUAACAGGGCUGAAUAUAAUCGGUUAUGCAAUUGCACUCUGUGGUGUGGUUAUGUACAACUACAUAAAGGUCAAGGAUGUUCGUGCAUCACAAUUACCUGCUGAUAAUCUUUCAGAAAGAAUGGCGAAGGAAUGGAAGUUUGAGAAGAAGUCAUCAGAUAUAUUCAUGCCCAAUAAUAGUGGUGAUUCUGUUGGAGGGGCUGGUUCUGCGUCUGAUUCAAAUGUGGAUGAAGAAGCUCCAUUAAUACCAUCAGCAAGGUUGUCUUAUAUCGGACGGACACAGCUUGGGAACCAUGCUGCAUAAUCCUUGAAACCAAAUGUAGAAACAUGUUUUUGUAACACAAGAGCAGGAGAUAGGCAGGCAGUUUCGUUCUUAUUCUUUACGGAGGUUAGAUUUUUAUUUUUCCCUGAAGAAAGCCUAGGGGCAAAUUCAUUGUAUUAUUUCAUUUCUAAAGGAUGUUUGCAUGAUUUGCGUGUCUGAAGUUGGUAGAUUGUCACUUAGGAUCCAUAGUUAUUGGGCGAACAAGAUGACCCUAAAAUUAUCAAGACCCUUGAUAUGAAAACCAAGUCUUUUUUCUUUUUUC